GCAUACACUGAUACGAUAUCAGAAUUGAUUAAGCCGGCUAUAGUACUUCUGUCAUUACAUAGAAAGGCCAGUUGACGUCGAAUAGAGCGCGAAGACACAUCAACUCACUCUUUUCAGGGAUCUUGACGCCAGGGGUCGCUCCGGAUUAACGUUGUUAGUUUUAUUUACUUCACAAUCAAACAAAAAUGGACUACCUGACAAAGAAAUGGAAAAUGUGGUACAAAUCUCUUGAUGUCAAUCAUGACGGCAAAAUCUCCCUAGAAGAUGUUGAGGAGUCUCGAAAUAAAUUCACCGAGCUUCAUCAUCUCCUUGGCGACAAGGCCGAUUCCGUGAGAGCGGAUAUGCAGAAAUGGUGGACAACUUACAUCCUUCCAGCCUCUGGUGGCGAAGUCUCUGAAGAGCAAUUCCUCUCCCGUCUGUCUGCAUCUUACAACAAAGACAAAGCAGCCUUCAAAGAGGAAAUGCAGAAAUGCUUUGACGUCAUGUUUGACGUCAUCGACACAAACAAAGAUCGCUCCAUCGAACUUAGCGAAUUCAUAUUUGCUUUCAAGGCAUUCGGACACGAGAAUGAGGAGUUGGUUACAAAAGCAUUUAAACUUUUUAAUGCUAAAGAUGAGAUGGUACCACUCCGAGAUAUCGUCUCCGCCUGGGUCCAGUUCGUCACCGAUGAAGACAGCUCCAAACGUGACUACGUGCGCGAGGCUUUUGAAUCCGGAGUUUAAAACUUACAAAUUACGUAAUGAAUAUAUACCUCCUACUCCCUGUUGUACUUCAAAAUAUUGUCAGGCCGGGCCAUGGUAAACACUACAAUAUCAGUCCUUUAUCGAUCGAUAAAACUAUUUUCUAACAGUUCUAAAAAGUCUCAUCAUCUUGCGUAGGACUAGAUUGAGUUGAAGUGUGCGAUUUUGAUGUCAUGACGAAAAAGUACAAGGUCGACCGAUCUCUACAUGAACGUUCUUUUUAAUAAACAUUUUUGCCCCUUAUUUUUUGUUAUGUACCGUGGGUUAUAAAAUAAAAAUAUGUGUUUUCCAAA